AUGGCUUCACCGAGACCUAAAUCUCCUGAGCAAUCAGAUAAAAAUAGAAAAUAUGACAGACAAUUAAGAUUAUGGGGCGAUCAUGGACAAGCCGCUUUAGAAACAGCUGACAUUUGUCUAAUAAACGCAACUGGUCUAGGUACUGAGAUACUUAAGUCUUUAGUUUUACCUGGAAUCGGCGCUUUCACUAUUAUUGAUGGCAAAAAAGUUACGCAGGAAGACAUCGGUGCCAAUUUCUUUUUAGACAGCGAAAGCUUUGGAAAGUCGCGGGCUCAAGUAGCAACUCAAAUGCUAGUAGAAUUAAAUUCUGAUGUAAAGGGUGAUUAUAUCGAUGAAGAGUUGGAUCAAAUCCUGGAAAAUGAUCCCGAGUAUUUUACUAAAUUCUCAGUGGUUGUAGCUACUUCAUUGACUGAAAAAUCUUUGAUUAAUUUAUCAAAGAAACUCUGGGAAUUAAAUAUACCUUUGAUAGUUUGUCAAAGUGUUGGAUUCAUCGGAUACAUGAGAGUCCAAAUUCAGGAGCAUAACAUCAUAGAAUCUCAUCCUGAUUACGAAAUGCCGGAUCUUAGGCUAGACAAACCUUUUCCGUCGCUGAAAGCUUACUUGGACUCGAUUAAUUUGGACGAAAUGGACCUCAAAGAUCACUCGCACACUCCCUAUGUGGUUAUUUUGUACAAAUGCUUACAAGAGUGGUUAUCCAAGGGAAAUGGCUUGCCAAAUUCUUACAAGGAAAAACGGCAGUUCAUCCAGUCUAUCAGAGACAAAAUGCGAAAAGACGAGAAUGGUGAUCCUAUGGAAGAAGAUAAUUUUGAGGAAGCCAUCAAAGCAGUCAAUACUUGCAUUGGAGUUACUAAAAUUCCUAGUAAUACUUCUGAAGUUUUAGAAGAUGCUCGUUGUAUAAAUUUGACUGAUAAGAGUCUUCCAUUUUGGAUAAUUGCUAAAGCUAUUCGUGACUUUACACUAAACGAAGGAAUGGGUUUGUUGCCGGUAAAAGGAGCGCUUCCUGACAUGACUGCAGAUAUAUGGCGCCAUACUCUCAGCUUACAGAAGCAACUAGGUCUUGCAAUGGACUCGAUUUCCGAAAAACACGUCAAAUUAUUCUGCCGUCACGCAACAGACUUACAUGUUCAACGAGGAACAUCUAUUGCUGAUGAGUACGACCCGAAAACGAUAAAUAGCAACUACAUUUCCGAAAAUUUGGAGAAUCCCGAGAGUCUGAUGGUCUACUAUGUGGUUCUCAGAGGGAUGCAAAAGUUUCAGAGUUAUUACAACGUCUAUCCAGGAGAAUUUGACGAUCAAGUAGAACCGGAUAUCGUGACACUCAAGGGUUAUAUCACGAAAUUGCUUGGAGAGUGGGGAUGUGGACCCUUGCCUACUGAUGACUACAUCCAUGAGUUUUGCAGAUUCGGCGGUGCCGAGUUGCAUUCAGUAUCUGCGUUCCUUGGUGGGCUGGUUGCUCAAGAAACUAUUAAAUUUAUUACUUGCCAGUACAAGCCGAUUCAUAAUACGUUUAUUUACGACGCAACUUCAUCAAAAUCAGCCUCAUUUUUAUUUUAA